UGGGCAUUACAUGCUCUGUCAUUGAUAAUUGAUUCCGCUGGCCCACUCUAUAAUAUGCAUGUGGAACCUACCCUUUCUCUUAUUAUAAUGUUGUUGUUAAAUGUGCCUCCUACUCAUGCUGAAGUUCACCAAAGUCUUGGUCGUUGUUUGAAUGCCCUGAUUACUACUUUGGGCCCAGAGCUACAAGGUAACAGCACUCCAAUUUCUACCUUAAGGACUUCCUGUCUGCUGGGUUGUGCAGUGAUGCAAGAUAACCCAGACUGCCUCGUUCAAGCUCAGGCCAUCUCUUGCCUUCAGCAGCUUCAUAUGUUUGCUCCACGACAUGUCAACUUGUCUAGCCUGGUCAGCUGCCUGUGUGAGAUCUUGUUGGAUAAUUCUGUGUUGGUGAAUCUCUGUAGUCCCUAUUUGUUACUGAGAAGAGCAGUGCUGGCUUGUUUACGUCAGCUUGUGCAGAGAGAGGCAGCUGAAGUUUCAGAACAUGCUGUUAUGCUUGCUAAGGACAGCAGAGAAGAGUUGACUCCAGAUGCUAACAUCAGAGAAGUGGGCCUUGAAGGGGCAUUACUGACCUUACUGGACAAAGAGACAGAUCAGAGAUUGUGCCAUGAUAUCAAAGAGACUUUAAAUCAUAUGCUGACAUCUAUGGCAGUAGAUAAGCUUUCCUUUUGGUUAAAGCUUUGUAAAGAUGUACUUGCUGCAUCAGCUGAUUUUACAGCUGUAACUUGUGUGGAUACAAUGCAAGAAGAGGAAGGAUAUAAAGGGGAUGAUGCCUUCGUUCUGACCACCAGAAAUGAUGACAGAUCCCAUCCUUUUACCAACCCCCGAUGGGCUACUAGAGUCUUUGCUGCUGAAUGUGUCUGUAGGAUAAUUAACCAGUGUGAGAAUGCACACAGCGCACAUUUUGACAUUGCUUUAGCACAAGAAAUGAAAAAAAGGGAUUCAAGAAAUGACUUUUUGGUGCUGCAUCUUGCCGACUUAGUUCGCAUGGCUUUCAUGGCUGCCACAGAUCAUAGUGACCAGCUCCGUCUUUCUGGCCUUGAGACUUUGUUAGUUGUUAUUCGGCAAUUUGCAACUAUUCCAGAACCAGAGUUUCCAGGUCAUGUGAUUCUGGAACAGUAUCAAGCCAAUGUAGGAGCAGCACUUAGACCUGCCUUCACUUCAGAGACACCACCUGAUGUCACUGCCAAAGCAUGUCAGGUUUGCAGUGCCUGGAUAGCAAGUGGAGUUGUAAGUGACCUUAAUGAUCUCCGAAGAGUUCAUCAGUUGCUUGUCUCAUCAUUAACAAAAAUACAGGCUGGAAAAGAAGCUCUAAGUCACUUAUAUAAUGAAAGUGCCUCUACCAUGGAGAUCUUAGCUGUGCUGAAAGCCUGGGCAGAGGUCUACAUAAUUGCUGUAGAAAGACACAGAAACCUCAGACAACCUUUGAAGACUACCACCUGUUCAGAAGAGAGUGUUAGAAAUGGGUCACACUCAUCAGAUGGGUUGCUGGACUUGGUCCUCACAGACCUGGGCACCCUGAGCAGGCUUUGGCUCGCUGCACUUCAGGAUUUUGCUCUCUUAACUUUGCCUUCAGAAUUUGCCUCCCAACUUCCUGCUGAAGGUGGAGCUUUCUAUACAGCAGAGACGAGUGAAAAUGCAAAAUUGCAUUAUUACAGCUCGUGGGCACUUAUCCUCCAUGCUACAGCAUUGUGGCUCACGAGCACAGGCUUUGUUGUUGCUGACCCUGAUGAAGGAGCAUCUAAUCUCUCAAGGCCUGUGACACCCACCUCCAUGUGUCAAGGUUCAUCAUCUGGGGCUACAGUAAAGUCCCCUGAGGAUGUCUACACUGAUAGAUUCCAUCUCAUUUUAGGAAUCAGUGUGGAAUUUCUUUGUUCCUUGCGCUCAGAUGCAACCAUGGAAAGCAUCACUGCUUGUUUACAUGCGUUACAGGCCCUUCUAGAUGUUCCUUGGCCCAGAUCUAAAAUUGGCAGUGAUCAGGACUUGGGUAUCGAGUUGUUGAAUGUACUACAUCGAGUGAUUUUGACCCGAGAAUCACCUUCCAUUCAAUUGGCUUCGCUUGAAGUGGUAAGACAGAUUAUCUGUGCAGCUCAAGAACAUGUGAAGGAGAAAAGACGAAGCGCAGAAGUUGAUGAUGGGGCUGCUGAAAAGGAAACCCUGCCAGAGUUCGGAGAGGGAAAGGACACAGGAGGACUUGUGCCUGGGAAAUCUUUGGUUUUUGCAACACUGGAACUGUGUAUGUGCAUUCUAGUUAGACAGCUUCCAGAACUAAAUCCUAAAUUGACAGGUAGCCCAGGAAUAAAAGCUGCAAAGCCACAGAUGCUGUCAGAAGAUGGAAGUAAAUUGGUUUCGGCUGCCUUAGUUAUCCUCUCUGAACUCCCUGCAGUGUGUUCUCCUGAAGGAAGCAUCUCCAUUCUCCCUACUAUAUUGUACCUCACAAUUGGUGUUCUCAGAGAAACUGCUGUGAGGUUACCUGGGGGCCAGUUAUCUUCGACCGUUGCAGCUUCCCUGCAGGCUCUAAAAGGAAUCUUGUCUUCUCCCAUGGCCAGAGCAGAAAAGAGCCACACUGCUUGGACUGACCUUCUCCGUAGUGCUUUAACAACAGUUCUUGACUGUUGGGAUCCAGCAGAUGGAACACAUCAAGAACUUGAUGAAGUCAGUCUACUUACUGCUAUCACAGUAUUUAUUUUGUCUACCAGCCCAGAAGUAACUACCAUCCCAUGUCUUCAGAAGCGCUGUAUUGAGAAAUUUAAGGUUACUCUUGAGCUAAAAGAUCCAAUGGUACAAAUCAAGACCUACCAGCUCCUACUUUCCAUUUUUCAGUAUCCGAAUCCAGCAGUUUCCUACCCUUACAUUUACUCUUUAGUAUCCUCUAUCGUGAAACAAUUACAGGAAAUAGACAAGAGAAAACCUGAAAACACCACUGAGCUUCAGGUCUUUCAAGAAGGCAUAAAGGUCUUGGAAGCACUGGUAGCCGUUGCUGAAGAGCAGCACCGCGCUCAGCUGGUGGCAUGUCUCCUGCCCAUCCUCAUUUCCUUCCUUUUGGAUGAGAAUGCUCUGGGACCAGCAACUUCCAUAAUGAGAAAUUUACAUGACUUUGCUUUGCAAAAUCUCAUGCACAUUGGGCCUCAGUAUUCAUCAGUGUUUAAAAGUGUAAUGGCUUCUUCUCCAGCCCUGAAAACCCGCCUUGAGGCUGCUAUAAAGGGCAAUCAAGAAAGUGUCCAAGUCAGGAUACCGACAUCUAAACAUACUAAGUACUCUGGAAAGAAUUCAAGCAUCCAAUUAAAGACUAAUUUCCUCUGAUGAGUUUUUUUGUUUUGUUUUGUUUUUGUUGUUGUUGUUAGCACCUUAAUACCGUACUUGAUCAUUUCCUUCUCUUUGGAGACAAAAGUGACAUUUUAGACACAAGUGCACUUGGAGGUCUGGUUGAUAGUUUUCAUUUAAAUAACUGUGACUUUUCAAAGUAAUAGCAAACUUAACAUCUUUGUGGGGGGGGGGGUUUCCAUUUAAUAAAACCACAGAAAGAAUUCUUGCCAGGAAUUUCAAGAAAGUGCUAAAGAGCUGAACUUACUAAACAAUCCACUGCUUUAAAAAUGAAAUGAAUUUCUUUUGACAGCCCAUACACACAUGGUAUAUACUUAAUACUAUGACAGGUGGAUUUGACUAUUAUAAACUAUCUACAUUUAUCCUGUAUUCUACUGCUAAUUUAAAAUUCUGCCCUAUUCAGUAAUUGUACUAAACUUUCUUAGAUUUCUCAAACAACAUAAAUGAUUGGAAAGCUAUUUAAGAAAUUUGGUUUAGAAUUAUUCACUAUAAUAGUACAAAUUAAUUACAGCCCUACAGUGUGACUUAAGAUUUGGUAUCUAUAAAUAUCAUGUGUUUUCAUUAUAUUUUGGUUUUGUUUGCAUUGGUUUCAGAAAUGGAAAUUUUACUCACUUUAAAUAUAGUAAAAU